CAAGUUGAUACGGACUUGCCCCUAACCCUAGAUGACCUUAUGUAACGCUGACUCCAUAAUAGGCAGUGCUCUUCUAUCACUACCUCCCACCAUCGUCAAGCAUGGGUUUGCUUUUAUCCCUCCCUAUUUUCGGAGGACUUAGUACCAUUGCGACGUCAUGCCUCGCUGGACUCGCCUUCUGCUGCACCUCGACGGCUGCAUCCAUGUUCUUCAAGUCUUGUAAUUGUAAUUCGUCAAUAGCGACUCGUGUUGGAUUUGCAAUAAUAUUCUGUUUGAAUUCAAUACUCGCCUGGGUAAUGAAAACAGACAUCGCCAUAAAGCAGAUAGAGAAAUGGAGCUACGACUACAUUAAGAUGGAUUGUGCAGGCGAUAAAUGCUACGGAGUCCUUGCGGUGCACCGAAUCUGCUUUGCUCUUGCUCUCGUCCAUACCAUCCUCAGCCUUUCGCUCAUCGGUGUUCGAGACACUCGUGAUAAACGGGCUGCAAUUCAAAAUGGAUGGUGGGGCCCCAAAGUUCUCCUCUGGCUGGUCUUCGUGGUCGUUUCCUUCUUCAUACCAAAUUCGUUCUUCAUGUUCUGGGGAAAUUACGUGUCAAUGAUUGGCGCCACUCUCUUCAUCCUCCUUGGCCUGGUCCUUCUCGUCGAUUUCGCUCAUUCGUGGUCGGAAACCUGUCUAGACAACUGGGAGAAUUCCUCUACAGGCUCCAAUUUCUGGCAGUGGAUUCUCGUCGGAUCUACUGCGGCGAUGUACAUCUUCACAAUUACCAUGACCGGCCUCCUGUACGGUUUCUUCGCUGGUUCAGGCUGCACGCUGAACCGUUUCUUCAUCUCGUUCAACCUGGCACUCUCUAUCAUUGUUACGAUCAUGUGCGUUCACCCGGUUGUCCAAGAAUACAACCCCAAGUCAGGAUUAGCACAGUCAGGAAUGGUUACCGCCUAUUGUACAUACCUCAUCGUCUCCGCUGUGAGCAAUCACACGGACGACAACCAGCCGUGCAAUCCGCUGAGAAACGGAACCGGAACUCGUACAGCCGCAGUCGUUCUUGGCGGCGUUUUUACGUUUUUGGCCAUUGCGUAUUCAACGACACGCGCUGCUACUCAAAGUCGGGCUUUGGUUGGCAACAAGAGCAAGAAGACUGGGCCGGUGCAUCUGCCAGGAAAUGACCAUCUAGAUGGUCAUGCUGAGAUGGGUGUAGUGAAUACGCAACCUAGCCGGACAGAGUCACCGCGAUAUCAAGCAUUGUUGGCCGCCGUCGAAGCCGGAGCAAUCCCAGCAUCGGUUCUCGACGAAGAAGAGUCGGAUGAGGAAGACGAAGUUGUCGGUGAAACGCGAGAUGAUGAACGUUCAGGAACUCGUUACAACUAUUCCUGGUUCCAUGUUAUCUUUGCGAUGGCGACGAUGUAUGUCGCCAUGCUGCUGACGGACUGGAAUGUUGUAUCCAACAAACCGAUAUCGACACCUGUGGAUCCAAACUCGGACGUUUACAUAGGACGGUCUGAAGUGGCGAUGUGGAUGCGAGUUGUGUCUAGCUGGGUGUGCAUGCUGCUGUACAUGUGGAGUCUUCUUGCACCUGCAAUCAUGCCUGACAGGUUUGCCGAUGACUACUAGGGAUUUUACUAUAUAUUUUUUGGAUACAUUCUAUGUUAUAUUUUGAAGAUAAUUGCAUUGACGAAACAUUAGCAUACUAUUGGAUGAGGUAUCGGCCGAAAGUCCGAAAGAG